GAGGCGCUACAGUUUUUUCCAUUUGUGAACACAUAAAAGGUCGGGUGAUUUUUGCAAACAAAAUGAUUCAAAUUUUGUAUUCAUACGAAUCAGACAAACAUAUGCAAUGUUGCCUUCGGACAUGGAAUUAAUGAGAAAGAUGUACUUGAAAACAAGAAAUGUUUAUUUAUUUUCUGUUAUAUGUUUCAAUUGUUUGAUCUUACGAACUCACGCUUUUCCGUAUGGACAGGGAAACGACAGUGAACAAAACGAAAGGAGUGACAUACUAGCUGGUGAAAAGAGGAGUGUCGAAGGAUUUUAUACAAGUCUUCCUAGUACUGUUUCACUGCAGACAUUGACAAAUGCGUCCAUUAUGAUGUGCGCAGAUGCGAUGGCCCAACCUUAUGCCAGAAUGGUUCAGCUGAGCGACGAGCAAAUGAGAGGUAUUCUGCAAGACAAGGGAGGUAACUACGUGAGAGACUACAUGGCUGCUACGCAGGAGGAAGCGCUGGAAAAUUUCCCCAACAUGCUAAUCUUAACUAAACCUAUUUCUGCGAACGGAAGCAUUACUUCCUUCUCGGUAAUGGACAAUCUCGUCACGAAGCAAAUGGUAAUUGAUGACUUGAACAAAUUGGCUGCAUUUUUAAUGGGUAAUCAUUCAACGACGAAUAAAAAUGAAAGUCAUCCAGUUGACACAGAUAAUGCUCUUGGAAGUGAGUUUAACACUAAAGUGACAUUAUCAACAAAUGGCACUUUAACAAGCAAACAAAUAUAUUCGAAAAGCAACUCAAGCGUUACGACUCCUACGCCUGCAAAAAUGCAUUUUUCAACAACAUCGCUAAACAACAUUGUAGACACGCCAGACGCAUUAUCGACAACUAGUUCUGUUUCUGAGAAAUAUACGCCAAACAUAGAAUCUACUACACAAGCCAGUGUUACGGAAUCCCCCACUCAUAGUACUGGCAUAGAAACAAGCACUGUGUCUUUGCUUUCAAGUGGAACUGAACAAACAACUUUAGACGCUAUAAAUGGCUCAAGCCUCUUAUUUCCUGAUGCCACCACACAAUCUUAUUCAGCAAGCAGUUCAAAUCAAGCGGCACCUAGUACACAUAAUUCAGACGCUAAGACCUUGACAACAUAUUCACCAAGAACGUUGACACCUAAAUCUUCAGGAGGUAAUCCAUCAACGAUGGAAACAAAAACAACGACAGAAGAUCCAAGAAUACUAAAUGGUAUCGAGCAGUUACAACAUUACGUUCAGGGAACUGGUUCGUUGAGUAAUAUCAGUAACCUAGGGAAAAGAGAGUUAGAUUCUAUUUGGCGUAAUGCCAACACUACAUUACAUCCGACGACCUUGCUUGGGCUUGCUGCCGGUAGCAGGAGAAUAAAAAGACACGCCGAUGGUUCUUACAGUGAACAGGAGUAUUGUCAGAAUAAAGGUGCCCUAACAGAGGAUCACAAAUUUGUCCAUCUAUGUUCAAUAUGUGCUACAACUACAAAGCUUCCGGGAGACAUGUUCCCGCGCUAUAUCAAUGAAGCCGUGUGCAAGACAGGCGACACAGACUGCUUCACAAUCGGUGGAACAAGUCAUGGGCAGUGUAAACAAACAAGGUUCUCUUUGAAUAUGCUUCGCAAGAAGUCUGGACAUUGUAAUAUGUUAAUACAUGGUGGAGAAACGUUGGUAUUUGAAAACUGGGAGCUCGUACCACAGCUUAUAAAUGUCUCGUGCGAAUGUACUAUAAACAAAUUAUCUGUGUUCAGCAAAUACGCUGGACAUAAUGUUCCUCUUGGAUGAUAAUGAUUGUUUGAUGCACACGGUUGAGUUCAACCUUGAUCGAAAGACUUUCUGUUAAGUUUAAACAGUUUUGUCAAAUAUGCUGUUACAGUUAAUUUGAAUAUCUGAUUUUUGAACGAUGUACUGUUCCUCACGUGCAACAUUUCUGAAUAAGGCAGUGGUGUAUGUCAAUAAUCUGAUUCAUGAAGUCCGGAAAUGAUUAAAGUGUUUAUUGAGUGUCAUAUAAAAGCUCACGAUGCCUAUAUCUACAAUGUGGCUGCACAUAUUUUGGGUUAUAAACAUAAAAUGUAAUAUGUUUUCACAUAUCUACGAUAAUCUAAGAUAUUUGAAACUACUGUUUCAUCUAACGAAUCCGUAAUAGUUUUUUUUUUCGUGAACUGUACCUUAACUAUGCACGAUUCAGAUAUAACUUAUCAAACAUUCUAUAGAUCACCGUGUUUGAAAAUUUUCAAAAAUGUAUUCUUACGUGUGUAGAAUUCUGGCCCAUUUAUGUAUUUUUCGAAGAUAUGCAACCUGUUUAUAUAGAAAUGUUGCUUAUUUACUAACUAAGAUAUCCUGAAAAUUCUUAAUUAUAAUUAUAAUCCACCAAGAAACUAAGUCAAAAUUGAUUUAUGUUCAAAAUGGCCGAAAUAUACAAUGGAAAAUGUCAUAUCAAAAUAUUUU